AUGAAUUCCUCCUCUUAUAACUUUAAUGUGACGAGUUAUCAAGACUCUCAGGGAACAGUUGUGGCCAAGAAUGUGUUCCUUCUGGCUCUUGGUCUGACCAUCAACUACAUCAACUGCACACUGAUUCACACCUUCAGAAAACACCAGAUAUUUUACCUGAAUCCUCGGUACAUCUUAUUCAUCCACCUGGUGUUGAACGAUAUGAUCCAGCUCACUGCAACAAUCAGCUUGUUUUUCUUUAGUUACGUCUUCUACAAGAUCCAAGUUACACUGUGCUGCCUCAUCAUCUCCUUUGCCAUCUUCACCACCCUCAACACACCAUUGAAUUUAGCUGCCAUGGCGGUGGAGUGCUACAUCGCCAUCUGUCUACCACUGCGACAUGCGGAGCUCUGCACCAUCAGAAGAACAUACAUUCUCAUAGGUUGGAUUUGGGCCAUGAACAUAAUUUCUGCUCUGUCAGAUGUGUUUAUCUUUCUGGCAACACAGCCCCUACAGUUAUUUCAUUCUACUAUUUUUUGUGAGAGGAACAACCUGUUCCGACACCCUGUCAGUGUAAAAAAGAGGGAGGUUUCCUACAUUAUCUACCUGAUUGGUGUUUGGUUCACGCUCCUCUACGCUUACGUCAAAAUCUUCCUUGCUGCCAAAGCUGCUAAAGUGAGUAAAUCAGGGGAUGGAGAUGCAAAAAAGGCAAGUAAAACCAUCCUGCUUCAUGGCUUUCAGCUGCUGCUGUGCAUGCUGACCUAUUUAGCCCAUUUUAUGAGGAAUGCCCUGUUGAACUUGUUCCCCAAACAUUUUGUACACGUGUUUUUUGUUUCUUAUAUCAUCAUUCAGGUGUUACCUAGAUUUAUCAGUCCGAUCGUUUAUGGGCUACGAGACAAGACUUUCAGACAGCACCUGAAAAAGCACCUGAUAUGUAAACGGAGAUCAACCAUCACACGUUGGUGA